AUGGCACAAGAAUACCCUACAGAUGAAGAGUUGGUUCAAAUGACGACCAUGCAAUUAAGAAGCCUCCUUGAACAACACGCCAUUUCCCAAGAGCAGCAUCGCGAGCUUCGUACCCGGCGCCGUCGCCUGCAAAAUCGCAAAUACGCACGUCGAUGCGCCAAGAAGAAGCAGACAGAAGUUGCUGAGUUAGCGGCAGCAGCCAAAAAGGAGUCGUCAGCCAUAAGGUCCCUACGACAACAGCUCUCACGGUUGAACACCUCGGUUGACAGACUGGAUCGCCAGAUAGACAGUUUGGCGAAGCUGCGUAUAUCAAUGACAGAAACCCCCUUUUCCCUUCGCAUGGUGGCACUCGAUGGCACAGAAUUGGGGUUGGCUCAUUUCAACAGCCAUCACCUGCCUCUGCUAUCCUACAAAGGGGACGAGUCCGUUUCCUCUACCUCCGCCAGCCACCUCAUACCACGCAUGUGUUUCAAGACGAAGCCUUCAAUGCAACGAAAUUUUUGUCUUACUAAAAGCGCCACCACCACUGCCUCUACAAUGCGAGUUCCUGUGCCUCCAGCUGGCGGUGCUUGUGGCUCCCCUGCCGAAGGACAGGAAGUUGUACGAGGUGCUACGUAUUCGUGGCAGGAUGUCGACAUUCGUGCCCGUCGCUACGUCUAUUCGGGCGGUCAAGCUAUACUGUUUUGUAGGGUAUAA